AUGGUCAACCUGCUGGGAAACUUGGCUAGGCGUAUGCAAAUAUCAGACCCUGCUUUACUUCUUGCUGAAUCCUGCUAUCUGCUUUCCGGACCCCCGAUCCUCUUGAUCGCUGACCAAGCCCGACCCUUACCAGCUAUCCGCUUUUGUCUCACGAUCUUACUGGAAUGACAUGGCUCUCUUUUUGGCCGGAAAUGGGCGUCCCACAUUACGUAUAGAAAUUCACAACAACUGUAUCUGCUCCUCAUUAAGUCAAUAACCAUAAAGUCUGGCAUAGCAUCCGUGCUUUUACCCGGCCCGGAAUGUUAUCCUUCAAGCAGAUUCUCUUAUAGCGUACCCCGGUAUACUCAAGGUAUACAGGGCGGUACAUCAGAUCCCUCUCAUAUACUACUCAUCUGGCCAUCUGUGUCUCUCUCCAACGGCCGCCCG